AUGAUCAUCUCUGUCGAUCACAAUACGAACACCUCAACAUUGAUCAAACAAUACAACGCUCCGGGUGAUGGUCUGCUCUCAACGUUCCUAGGAAACACUCAGAUAUUGACAAACAACAACGUCAUAAUUGGAUGGGGCAAUAAUCCUUCAAUUUCAGAACAUACAGAGGACGGCACUGCCAUAUUCUUUGCCACAUUGGUGGGUAUAGAUGUACAGAACUACCGUGCAUUCAAAUAUAACUGGACCGCAAAACCAAAUGACCCUCCAGCCCUUCGGGCAGUCAGCACAUCUGGGAACUCAGCAACCACCUUCUGGGUUAGCUGGAAUGGAGCCACAGACAUAGACCGUUGGAGGAUUCAUGCUACAACCCCUGCAUCCGACGAAUUUGUGCCUUUAGAUGCAAUACAAAGACAAGGGUUUCAGACUACAUACACCAGCAUGAACUAUCACCCGAAGGCUUUUGCAGAGGCUAUUACAGCGGAUGGGCUGAGUCUAGCAAACUCAUCAGUUGUGGAUACAUCGUCGACGUUACCUGCGAGCGAGUAA